UGAACAAAUGUGUUUAAGUUCUUUCAUAAUUUCCCAAUCAACACAAUAUAGGUUCGGCUCGUUAACGUUUGCUUUGUCUUUGAGUUCCUCUACCGAAUUUUUAGUGGCCAUGUGUCGACACUUUCACUAAUUGGGAGCCUCAUCUGCAGCCUUUAAUUUGAGCAGUUGAAUAAUUUUGUUACCUCUUUCUAAGUAGUUGUUUCAAAGAAAUAUAGCACAAUGCGGACACAGGACCUCUUCAUAGCAUGCGCAGUGCCAAUGGCUUGACAGGAAUGAUUGUGAUUGCUGAUUGAAGAAAUUUCCUCAGGAUGGCUUCCAGGUCCUGCUACUGCAUGUUGAAAGAGGCUUGGAGAUGGGGAAGGCUGACCACUCCAAAGUCCUUACAUCCAAUCAACUCAUUCUUUAUUAGCCACUCAUUUUCUUUAUUAGCAAGAUUGUCUUCAGAGAGUUCCUACACAGAAGCGCAAAACAUAUUUCUCAUGGGGCCACCAGGGGCUGGAAAAACAACAGUGGGGAGGAUAGUCGGCUGUAGAUUGGGUCUCCCAGUUAUAGAUGUUGAUGAUGACAUUCUUGAGGAGAAAUGGAAGAUGCCAGUGGCCAAAAAGCUGUCAGAGGUGGGCAGUGAACGGUUCCUAGAGGAAGAGGGUGAGGCUUUGUCCGACUUUUCCGCCGUUGGCAGCGUCGUCUCAUUGACUGGGUCCAACCCCCUACACUCGGGGACAAUGCAGCGGUUGAAGAGCAGUGGUGUGGUCAUCUACCUGGAUGUGGACACAGAGGACAUCAUGCAGAGGCUGUCCAGGAUGAAAGUGAACAGGAUCGUGGGCCAAGGUCCCGAUGUCUCCAUGAGGGCCAUUUUGCAGUAUAGGCAGCAGUUUUACAAUCGUUGUUUUGAUACGAGGGUGCUUUGUGGAUCUGGAGACACCGCUGAUGAGGUGGCAGAAAAAGUACUUCAGGCUCUGAGGAGGUACCAGAAUUCAGAAUCUGAAACCUUUGUCUCAACCAGAGGCUGCCUUUCAAAAGGGACUGAAUCAGCUAGUGAUGCUAAGUACUUCAGCGAUGUUGUCAUUGAAGGUUUAGCCCCUGAUGGCGGGCUGUAUGUGCCUAACAGAGGGUUCCCAAAGCUGGAAACAUGCGAUUGGCUGAGGAUGGUAGGCAUGUCAUAUCCAGAAAGGGCUGCGAUCCUGUUGGAGAAGUGCAUACACCCUUUGGAUGUACCUGCUGCCCAGCUACACAGUAUGGUGCACAGAGCAUAUGGAGAGAACUUUGCCUGUGCAUCGAUCGCACCAGUGAGGCACCUCAUCAACAAUCAGUAUGUGCAGGAGCUCUUCCAUGGCCCCACUGCCUCCUUCAAGGAUCUGGCUUUGCAGCUGAUGCCACAGCUCUUUGCCUAUUGCCUUCCCCAGAUGUGUAACUACUUGAUACUUGUGGCCACAUCUGGGGACACAGGAAGUGCUGUGCUGAAUGGCUUCAGCAGCCUUAGCGAUGCAGACAGGCAGAGAGUCGGUGUGCUAGUGUUCUUUCCUGAGGAGGGAGUGAGCGAGAUUCAGAAGCGACAGAUGACAAGUUUUGGAGAGGGCAAUGCAAGAGCUGUUGGCGUGGGCUCUGACUUUGAUUUCUGCCAGAGGACUAUCAAGCGGAUGUUUGGUGACACUGGUCUGACUGGGCACUUGGCAGUGGAGUAUGCCACCUUGCUGAGUACUGCCAACUCAAUCAACUGGGCCCGCUUGCUACCACAGGUUGUGUACCACUCCUCGGCCUACCUGGACCUGGUCAGCGAUGGUGUGGUUGGGUUUGGGGACCCCGUUGAUGUGUGCAUCCCCACCGGGAACUUUGGAAAUGCCAUGUCUGCCGUGUAUGCAAAGCAGAUGGGAAUCCCCAUAAGAAAAUUAAUCUGUGCUUCAAACCGCAACAAUGUAGUGGCAGACUUCAUUGCCACAGGCGAGUACGAUCUCCGCGGCAGGCCACUUGUGGCCUCCGACUCUCCUGCCAUAGACAUCCUAAAAUCCUCCAACCUCGAAAGAUUCCUAUUUCAUGCUUCGGAUCGGGAUGGCCAGCUCAUUCAGGACCUGUUCUCCAGCUUAGAAAAAGAGCAGUAUUUCAAAGUGCCAGGCGCUUUACUUGAGAGGAUACAGCGUGAUAUCCUGGCAGGCUGGUGUUCCGAAGCAGAGUGUUUGGCAGCCAUCCGUGAGAUGCACUCGCGCACAGGCUACAUACUUGACCCCCACACGGCUGUCGCCAAGGUGGUGGCGGACCGGCUCCAGGACAGAACAUGUCCGGUUGUCAUCUCCUCCACCGCGCACCAUGGCAAGUUCGCACCCGCAGUUCUCCGGGCCCUCGAGCUGCAGUGUCCCACAGGGACUCCUCUGGACCAGCUUGACCGUCUCGGCUCAUUCAGAUCCAGGCCACUUGCACACAAUGCCCUGCUGAAGUGCCUGAGGGAAAGUGGGAACAGUCCUCAUCUUGUGUGCCCGGCUGAUGUCAGUAUACUGGUGGAUCAAGUGGAAGCCAUGAUACAGGAAUCAUUCUGCAAAGUUUAUUAGAUUUGGUUACUUAUUUUUUCAAUCAAGUAAAGAAAUAUAUACGAGGUGUACUACACACCACUGCAUUCUGGUCCUCCACUGAUCAAAGCAGUGCAGUAGGUCUUCUUUCGUUAGUUGUCUCAGACGCUCCGUUAUUUUCUUCUUCACUUCUGGAACAGACUCGAAAUGGGUUCCCUUGAGUGCAGACUUGAUUUUAGGGAAAAGAAAAAAUGGUGCUAGAUCAGGUGAAUAGGGAGGGUGGUCAAGUACUGCGAUAUCGUGUGGCUAUUAAAAUCAAGUCUGCACUCAAGGGAACCCGUUUCGAGUCUGUUCCAGAAGUGAAGAAGAAAACAACGGAGCUUCUGAGACAACUAAUGGAAGAAGACCUACUGCACUGCAUUGAUCAGUGGAGGACCAGAAUGCAGUGGUGUGUAGUUGCAGAAGGGGAAUAUAUUGAAGGGGAAAGUAAUUGAAAUUGAAAUUUUCUACAUUAAAAUUGAAUUACAGCAUUAGUCUCAUUAUUUAAUAGCCACACCUCGUAUAUAUUUUGGUGUAGGCAAUGUAGACUUGUUGUUUUUCACUAGAAACUUACUGAGAAGGAAGCACAGUAUCCUCAGCAAUCAACUUCUAAAUUUGGUUGGGUUUAGAAUUUUCACUCUGAAGAUGACCAUUAUAGCCAUUUGGAUGGUGAGUCCAUAUCAUCUGGCUGAGUUUCUGUAAGGUUACUGUUGAGCCUGGUUUAAUCCACAAUAAAUAACGGAUGUCUCUGCUACAUUAGAAACUGUAAUCUUACAUGGCCACUAGAUGGCAGGUUUCCUUCUGUGUGCCAGGCAAAACCACACACACUGGAUUGUAAAUAGCUCUCGCUCAGAGCCUUGAAAAUAGGGGUUCAUGUUUACAGUAUUUAAGGGUUAUAUUGGACAGUACUAUAUUAUUGAAAUGUAUUUUCCCACCCGGAAUGGGUUAUCUAUCUUGUCUACAUAAAAAAAGCCCUAUAUUCCUAUAUAUAUAUAUAUUUAAACGCACACGCACACACACACACACACAGUAAGUGUUGUAAUGUUUGGGACAACGCCAUAUUUUUUUCUUUAUUUAGCUCAGUACUCCAUAAGUUUAGAUUUGUAGUUAAACCAUUCAUAUGCGGUUAAAGUGCAGAUUCUAAGGUUUUAUUAAAGGGUAUUUUAAUACAUUUUGGUAUCACCAUGCAGAAAUAACAGCCCUUAAUACAUUGCCCUGCCAUUUCAGGGCAUCAUAAUGUUUGGGACAAAUGGGUUCACAGGUGUACACAAGUAGAAAGCUUUCAAUAUCUAGUCUUGAGUCUAGACUUUUGAUUGCCUUUGUAGUCCAUUAGGGCAUUUGUCAGCAUAAGGACCAGAGUUGUGCCAGUGAAAGUCAAGGAACCCAUUAUGAGGCUGAGAAAUAUGAAACAA